AUGUUAAUUUAUAAGAAAGCAACUCCUUAGGGUACAUCAUAUUCUUAAAUAUAAAUAGAACUAUAAAAGUAUAGGGAUGAUCAAGUGAAAAGCUGGAAAAAGGAGAAGGAUUUGUAAAGAUUAACUGAAAGCUAAGUCAACUAAAUGUUGGAUUUAUUUCUUUUAUUUGCUAGUCAACGUACAUUUACAAUAAGAGUAUGAUUUUAUGUGAUAUGCAGACUAAAGAUGUUGAAGCUUAAAAUACUCUCUUGAGAGUGAAUGAAGAGUCAACUUUAUUUUCGAAUGUCCUAGCAAAAAUGAAUCUCGUUGACGAAGAUCUAAAUUUUAUUAAUUUCUUGAAGCUCUAUUUAUAAUGCAUUGUAAAUAUAACCAAUAACCGAUAUAGGGGGAAGCAUAAUAAGAGGAAUAAUUAAAGGAAUUAUUUACAACUCUGAGUGCAAAAGGUGAAAUCAAUUUGGAAGACUUAAAGAGACUGGCUUAAGAGUUGGAUCAUUAUCAUCUAAAGGAGGAAGACUUAAAUGAAAUAAUGAAAGUGGUAUCGGGUAAUGGACAAGAGAUUACACAGGAAGAUUUUAUAAGAUUUUAUACACAGAUAGUGAAAAGUUAAAGAUAAUUAUGAUAAAAAUUAUAUAUAGGUUUAGUACAUAAUAAAUAAACUAUUACACUAUUCUUGAGCUCAAUGCAACAUGUACCUAGAAACAGAUUAAACAAAACUAUCUGAAACUGGCCAAAAUCUACCAUCCUGAUGUUUACAAGGGAAAUGAUACCAAUAGGUGAGAUUAAAUAUUCAUCUUAGAUUCAAGCUCAUUUAGGAAGCAUACAACACACUCAAGACUCCGGAAAAAAGAUAAUCAUAUGAUCAAACAAUAUUUAAGGAAAGAGCCUUUGCAAAUUAAGAAAGACCUCAAAGCAGUGAAUCCGAAGAGAAUACAUAGAAGAAUGAAUACACAGCAAAACAAACGAAAGAUGGAAUAAAUUUUACAUUCACUAAAAAGGAAUAUAAGGAUGCCACUGAGGAAAAGACUGUUGAAGAAGAAUUUAGGAAAUUCAUGUAGGAACCUCUAAAAAUUAAUCCAGAAGAAGUCAAAGUUUACGAAAAUGUUGUAGCCAGACAAAUGACAAAGGAACAUAAGGCUUAAGAUGAAUUCAUUAUAGCCAAAGAGAAUAAGUGGAAGAUCUUCUUUUUUAAAGCCCAUUAGAUUGGUUAUUCUUAAUAAGUUAAGGAAUAUAUAAAAGGAAUAAAUUAAUAGUGGCAAGAAAAAAAGAAAGAUACUGAAGAGAUGAGAUAAUUGAAGAGGCAAAUGCAAAAGCGUAUUGCUAAUGUAAUUCCAUUUAUAAUAUUGACUUUAGGGCAUUUUCUUUAUUUUUAUUGGGCUCUCUCUACCAUUCUUUUAUUCAGCUUUAGCAAGAAGACAAGAAAUCGAUAAAGACUUCAAAGAGGAUUUAGAUUUUCUUUACAAGGUGGCAGAUCAAAUGGAUUAUUUGGAAAUCUCAACUAGGUUUGUCUAUUGA